AUGAACAGCAAAAGGAGUGCUGGACCAGUGCUCAGCGGACCUUCGUACACUGGGCCAGUCGCCGGGGAUGGCUGGCCGUGCAGAGGAGUUGGGGUGGACGAAUUGAACGCGUGCCACGAGGGUCUCACGGCUUUCCAGUAUGCCAAGCGAUACGGCGUCUCGCGGAUAGUCAACGAAAUGAAAUUCCGCUAUGGAGACCUGGUGCAAGACCAGGACACCGUCGUGAUUCCAAGGACCCCCGGGCUCACCGCCAACGACGAGAUCGACUUUGUUCUCAAUCAACAAAACACCGACAGGAAGGUCAUUAUUGCGUCUGCUGCUGCUGCUGAUGUAGAGAAUGAUGCCCCGUCGUCGUCGACACCCACAAAUACUAUUGUCAAACCUGACGACGACGAUGAUGACGCGAUAGUGUUGCCAUCGGCUGCAGGGACGCUGAACGGUGAUGCGACCGAUGAACUCGACCUCGUCGUCGCAUCGGGUCAUCAUCCGGGUUACGGGUCAGCGCCGACGAUGAGUGUGGACUCGUCUUCCCGAUCCUCGAGUGCGGAGGCCGUGCUGAUGAAGAAACCCCUGCUGGAACUGCCACCAGAGUUCAUCAGGAGGGAGCUGCAGGGAUUGAGUCCUCCACGAUGGGGCUCCCUUGCUGGUGCUGGUGCUUUCUCAUCCGGUGCGGCGGCUUUGCCUCCUGCCUUUGGGCUUGUUCCACAACAAUGCCCGUAUUCGCCGAUCCCGAGCUAUCCUCACUACCAGCUGUACCCGGGCAACCCUGUGUGGCUUGGUGGGUCAUCCUCGAUGGCCGCGGUGCAGCCCGUGUUGGCGAUGCGCAAUGCGUUCUCGGUGGCGGCGCUGAUGGCAAUGGCGCCGCGAUUCGGCGGCUUCAGUCAAAUGGUUCCAGCACGUGGCCCCUUUCAUCACGCGCCACCUUAUCAUCCUCAGCAGCAUAACCCUUACCUCCGUGCUUUUGGAUUCCCUCGCUGAACUGCAUGAUUUGGUUGGGGAGAGUGAUAUGGGGAAAUUUUUUAUUUCACUUCAAUAUAUAACCGCCCGAAAACUGCAUAUGGUGUUGAACAGCAGCUGUGUUUAAUAAAGACAAUUUUGUUGAAUGGAUUACAACAGAAAUAUAUUGGCCUUGCAUGACUCGA